GUAUAUGUGAUCGCUGAAGCCGGUCUCCCUUCCUCCUUUUCCAAGAUGUCGGUGUACGGGCCAGUGGUGAAAAUUCACCCCGUCGUCCUCGCUUCUAUCUGCGACUCUUACGAGCGGAGAAAUGAGGGAGCGAGCCGUGUGAUCGGGACCCUGCUGGGUACUGUUGACAAGCACACGAUUGAAGUGACCAACUGCUUCUCUGUUCCCCACAAUGAGUCCGAGGAUGAGGUGGCCGUGGACAUGGAGUUCGCCAAGAACAUGUACGAGCUCCACAAGAGGGUUUCACCCACUGAGGUCAUCAUCGGCUGGUACGCCACAGGCUUUGACAUCACAGAACACUCAGUGCUCAUCCAUGAGUACUACAGCCGUGAGGCCACCAACCCCAUUCACCUGACCGUGGACACAGCCCUGCAGAGCGGCAAGAUGAACGUCCGCGCUUAUGUCAGCGCGCAAAUGGGUGUGCCAGGAAAGACAGUUGGUGUGAUGUUCACCCCACUUUCUGUCAAGUAUGUCCAGUUUGACACCGAGAGGAUAGGCGUGGACCUUCUCCAGAGGACUCGUUUGACUCCCAGUCGCACCAAGGGGCUGACCUCCGAUCUGUCCCAGGUCGCUGGAUCUGCCUCACGGGUGCAGGACAUGCUAACCACCAUGCUUGCGUACAUCGAUGAUGUGCUGUCUGGCAAAGUGGCGGCAGAUAACAGUGUCGGUCGUUUCCUGAUGGACCUGGUCAACAAGGUUCCCACCAUCCCAGCUGAGGACUUUGAGAACAUGCUCAACUCCAACAUCAACGACCUGUUGAUGGUGACCUACCUGUCGAAUCUGACCCAAGCACAGAUUGCCCUGAACGAGAAGCUGGUGCUGCUCUGAGGGAAUUUCUUUAUUUAAUUUUUUGUACACUUUUUUUUUUUUUUUGACUGAGAUGAAGAAUAAAGAUGUUAAACAGUCA